AUGUCCCAUUCGCAGGAGAGCUUCAUGUUUACGGUGGGGAAGCUAGAUGCUGGGAUGGCUAUUCUGCUCGGAGAACGUGCACAUCUCAUCGAAUUCCCUUCCUUGUUGCUGCCACCCGGCGCAACUACAGGAUCUAUUGUCAACAUUUCUGUGACACAGAACAUCAAGGAAGAGAAGAAGCGAGAUGCGGAAUUUUGGAAUCUGCAAAAUGAUAUUCUCUCUAUAUACGGCACGACGUCUCCGGAGCAUCCCAAGUUAGAAGUUCGGAACGUUACUCAAACCUCCGUUACGCUCGAAUGGCCGCAACUCCAACUCGCCACGGCUAAGCUACGCUCACUGGAUAUCUACCGUAAUCGCCAACGUCUUGCCGCUAUUCCUUCGCCGCUCACAAACACAUCCACGAAAUUGUCCGGCUUACAACUCGACACCGAAUAUACCUUCCAGCUUAUUCUGCGCACCACGGCAGGCACAUUCCCAUCGAAUCUCCUCCGCCUUCGCACGCACAUGAUGACUGACACAUCCGGCAUCUCCGUGUGCUUCGGAAACGUGCAGGAUGCCGUGCUACUGGAGAAUGCGAAGAUGGCCUUACGGGAGAUGGGGGCAAAAUGGAGUGACAAGAUACAAAUCGAUACCACUCACUUCGUGUGUACAACGCCCGCGGCUACACCCGACGGUUCACAGGCAACAGGUGGCAUAACGACUGCUCCAGGCGUAGAGUACCAGAAAGCGCUCCAACUCAGUAUACCCGUCGUCCAGCCGCACUGGAUUCUUGCCUGCCAUACGGAAAAAAAGAUGAUGCCCAUACAUUCAUACUACCUCGGCAAGGAGAUCGGUUCAAAGACAUCAUUCUCCCGCCACCAGUCAAUGUCGCAAGCGAAUUUGUCCUCGCCUUCGCGGGACUCUGUAUCACCCACGAAACAUGCCGUGAGUCGCCAAUCGAUGCCACCGCAGCAGCGCCCAACGCCAACUUCGCCAACCUCGAGCUUCGUUCACCAGUCCGCAAAGCGCGGCACGCCCGAGUCCCCGGCGUUCGCGCCGAUGCCGGAGGAGCAAGGUGAGGAGUCGUUCGAGGGGCAACAGCACGAAGUUCGGCGCCCAACGCAUGUGCGCACGGGCACGAUGAGCAAGAACUUCCGCUUUCCGUCGUCUGCCCCGCACGAAGCAGGGUCUCUACCUGCUAACCCGCUCCCCCCUGCUUCAGCGUCUCCGCCGAAGGAUGACGCGCCCACGCCGGCACCUUUGGUCGCACCGGCCCCUGCGCAAGCGGUAGACGUGGAGGAUGCCGGUCUUGCUGCAGUGGGCGUGGUUGGCCCGUCGAGUGUCGAAGUCCCGCCCCCACCUCCGGUAGAUAAGGAGCCGAUGAGCAGCCAAUCUGUGGAUGACGAAGUUGGAGAGACGGAGGAGAUAUCGUUGAAUUAG